GAUCCGUGGUGUAAAAUGUCCGCUGGAAUAGAUACAUGUGCCAGUUAUUUUAGUACAUGUGAUUGUAUUCAAUUGUAGGCAAGUUAUUAAAAAUGGCAGAAGAAGGUGUUAAACCACGUAACUUUCAUGAAAUGGAACUAGAUGACAGAAUAUUAAAGGCAGUUGCGAAACUUGGUUGGCUGGAACCAACACCAAUUCAAGAAAAAGCCAUUCCCAUUCUCUUGGAGGGGAAAGAUGUGCUUUUGCGAGCGCGGACAGGUUCAGGAAAGACUGGAGCAUUUGCUAUACCUGUUAUUCAGAGGAUUCUUAAUUCUAAACAAAUGUCAAAGGAGCAAGAUACAAAAGCCCUCAUUCUUGCACCAAGUAAAGAGCUUUGUCAACAAAUACAUAGAAAUUUCAUGGAGUUAACUACAAAAUGUACCCGUGAAAUUUGCUGUGUCGAUAUAUCACCUCAAGUAGAUGUUUCUGCGCAGCGCCAUCUUUUGGUUGAACGUCCCGAUAUUGUUGUGGGUACACCAUUGAGGGUAUUAACUCACUUGAAGGCUCGAAAUCUCAAACUGAGGAACUCGCUUGAGAUUUUGGUAGUGGAUGAAGCUGAUCUUGUGUUUUCAUUUGGAUAUGAAUCUGAGGUGAAGGAGGUCUUAAGUUACUUGCCUAAUGUCUACCAAGCAACGCUGGCCAGUGCUACUCUAUCAGAAGAUGUGCUGAGCUUGAAAAGCUUAGUAUUACACAAUCCUGUGAUCCUGAAACUUCAAGAACCGGAACUCGCACCAGCCUCACAGCUGUCACACUACCAUUUAGCUGCUGAAGAAGAUGAAAAGGCAGCUAUUUUAUAUGCAUUACUGAAGUUGCAUCUUGUACGGGGAAAAUCCAUAAUUUUUGUCAACUCAGUGGAUAGGUGUUACAAGUUGAAGCUGUUUUUAGAACAAUUCAGAAUUCCAACAUGCGUUCUUAACUCUGAGCUUCCAGCUGCCAUACGUUGCUUAUCUGUCAAUCAGUUCAACCAGGGAGUGUACGAUAUCAUCAUUGCUUCAGAUGAAAAAUCAUUGGAUGAGCCACAUGCUGUGAAACAUGUGGGAAAGAAAGGGAAGCGUAAGAAAGAUAAAGAAUUUGGUGUUGCAAGAGGUAUUGAUUUUCAGUUUGUGUCAAAUAUAAUCAACUUUGAUUUCCCACCCGAUAUUGACUCUUAUAUUCACAGAGUUGGGCGGACUGCUAGGGGUAAACACCAAGGUACAGCUUUAUCAUUUGUAAGCAUAAGGGAACGCCCUUUAAUGGAAGAAGUUGAAAGUCAUCUGAGAAGUGGCUGUUCUGAAGAAGAAAAAGUUUUCAGAGCAUACCAGUUUAAACUGGAAGAAGUUGAAGGAUUUCGUUACCGAUCGAGGGAUGCAUGGCGAGCUGUUACAAGAAUUGCAGUACGAGAGGCACGUCUUAAGGAAAUCAAACAAGAAGUAUUAAACUGUGAAAAGCUAAAGAGCUAUUUCGUAGAUAAUCCACGGGAUCUUCAGUUGCUGCGCCAUGACAAAGCUCUUCAUACAGUAAAAAUACAGCCACACUUAGCAGACGUACCUGAAUACAUUGUCCCAUCUGCCCUCAAGUCCCUAGCUGGUGUUUCAAGACCACGUAAAAGAUACUUUGAUAAGAUGUCUGGUUCUGCUGGAACUUCCAAGGUCAAAGCCCAUUAUGAAGCAAAGAAAAGGAAUCCCCUGUCAUGUAUGGAAUUUUCUGGAUUUAAGAAGAAACGGUGAUUCGCCAGACUUCUGUAAAUGUUUAAGGAAAUCAGUCAACUUUGUAUCAUUGGUUCUUAUUCUUAGACAUAAUGUCUGAACUGUCUAUAAAAUAAGUGAAUCAGGCAUCUUUUGCAGUCAGUUCAUUAUCACCUAAAUUUGGAGUUACAAACCAGUAUUUUAAUGGAUGGCUAAUGGGCUGUUGCAAAGAAGAGUUUGAGAAAUGUUUUGUUCAGUUAAUAAAAUGUUACCUGAA